AUGGCGGACGAUCGGGGGCAGAAGAGGAAGUUGUCAGAGGAACAGGUGCGAGAGAGCUUGAGCGUCUCCUCGGCAGCACUGCCUUUGGGCGCCGUGCCCGUGCGGACGUUGCUUUCCAAUGCGCUGGUGCCAUCGACCACUGGCUACGAGAGGAAAGACGUAUUGCUAGCUGACGGCAAGAUCGCCAAGAUUUCGUCUGCGAAAUCGGAACCUGAAUCGACAGCGGAGGUCUUCGUUGACUGUAGCGAGAAGCUGCUUCUGCCAGGAUUCGUGAAUGCGCACACGCACAGCACGGAGCACUGGACGCGCGGACUCAUCAAGCCCCUUCCACUGGAGCUGUGGGUCGCGCAACUCUACCGCCACGAGCCACGUGGAGACGAAGGCUGGUAUGGCAAGGAGAGCCACCAUCGCACACCUGCCGAAGCCCUGGGCGUGUCGGCCCUGCUUUGCGGCGCCGAAUCCAUGCUGUCAGGCUGCACAGCAAUCAUGGAUCACAUUGCCAUCCGGCACCUGGACGACCUGGAUGCCGUCGUCCGGGCUUACAAGGCGCUGGGGAUGCGUGCGUUUGUGGCCCCAAUGCUAGGAGACGACGCUGUGCUCUGGGAGAACUUUAUUCCACUUGUACCAGACGGGGCAGCCCGAAACGCAAAGUGCAAGUGUUGUGGAGGACUGGGUAAAAAUGGAAGCUUCCGAACCCAGCCGGCUGCUUCAGAUUCUGCAAAGACCAAGAAGAUGCUGCAGCUUUGGGAGGAAGCAGUGAAGAGAUUCCACGAUCCGGAAAACGGCAUACAGAUUGUGAUCGGGCCUGUGACUCCUUACUCCGCGAGCACGGAGCUUUUCAGGGGUGCUGUCGAGCUCCGGAAGAAGUACGGUCUCUGUGGCCACACUCACCUGCUUGAGACACGGGGCCAGGCCAUGCAAGCGCGCCAAUGGUUCCCUUCAGGGUCUGCGGUGCAGCAUCUGCUGGACGUGGGCUUUUUGCAGCUUCCUGGCACGAGCUGCGCUCAUACCAUCUGGUUGGAGGAUUACGAACUGGCAAUGAUGGCAAAGGCUGGUGCCACCUGUGUUCACAACCCGCUAUCCAACUUGAUUCUUGGCUCGGGUGUAAUGCCCGUGAAGAAAGCGCUGGACGCAGGCGUUUCCGUCUCUGUAGGCUGUGAUGGAUCCUGCAGCAGCAACGGCCAGGAUCUCUUGGAAGCACUGAAGUUGGCAAGCACUGUGGCUUGUGUCACCACGCCCGAAUACAGAGACUGGCCGACGGCCAGGCAGACGGCUCUUUCUUUGGCUGCCAGGAAUGGCUACAAGGGCGUGGGGAUGGAGAGCGGAGGGAAGUUGGAAGAAGGGUGCGUUGCGGAUGUGACGCUGUGGGACCUGACAUCUUUAGCGCUGCUCCCACGCACAGAUCCCAUCUCUUCGCUGGUGCUCGGCUCGCGCACGCAAGCUCCGGGAGCUGGUUCAACUUUGCACUCCAGCUGGGUUCGUGGAAUUCGCGUCAUUUCUGAAGGCUCGCUUUGUGGCCUGGACUUGCUGCGCCUUCGCGAGAUGUUGGCCAAGGGGCAGGACUACAAGUCCCCUGACACUACGGAUCCAGCGACGGAUCCCUUCACAAAGGCUUUAGAGGUCGAAUAUCGUGCAGUCUUUGGCUUGGAUGGCCAGGACAGGCAUGUGCCAGUCCCAGAGAACGUGGCCAAGUAUCGACCUAACUGCCCAGGUAGCCCUCAAGAUUGCUGGAACCGCCACGUACCAAGAGCAACAUGCUCAGGCAUCAUCUACCCGGAAGAGCCAUCAGCGAAUUAUGCUGAGAAUGAAGAAGAAGUUCGAAUUGAACGAGUGGAAUCCGAUGAUCCGCCAUCAGAGGAGAUGAGAGGGCCUCUCUUCAGUGGCAUAAGCAGCGACACCUUGGGGACGCUUGGUGUGUCAGUGAUAUCUCCCUACAGAUACGCUCGUUCAGACAGCGCGCACACCGAUCAGCAUGAUAGCCUUGGUUGGGUCAAUUACAUUCUUGAAACAACGUGGCCUCACUUUCGGACGGCCGCCAGCGCACUUGUCAAGAACAUCGAUCCUUGGCCGCAAGUUCAGGUUGCUGCUGAAGUGACGUCGCAGAUCCGAGCUCGGAAUACCUUGGGCUUCAAUAUCGACAUUGAAGUUCAGACGGAGUUUGAUAUAGGUUCACAGCCGCCUCAUCUGAAGAAUAUCGCUCAUUUGGACAUGGCCUCUGCGGAGGACUUCCAUUUCACGCUUUCCAUCUCCGGUCGAGUCAGCGGUCUCCCGAUCAACACCUCGGUCGGCUUGGCUAAGUUCUCGCUUUCGGGGAACGCCUGCGUGCUCCUCUCGCCCCUGAUAGACGCCGUUCCAAUUUUUGCAGGAGGCAAGAUGUACUUCCUGGAUUUACCUGACCUCCACUUCGAGUUCUUCGGCAUGCGCUCUGCCGGCAAGCUCCUGGGGCCGAUCUUGGUACAGGCAGUCCAAAACUGCGCCGAGAAGGUCCUCCAAUCCUUUGUCGUGCCAGGUGGAAUUUACGUUCCCGUUUCGCCGAUUCCACCCUCGAAUCUGAUGCCGAUUGCCACGCCUGCGCCCUUCGGCUACGUUGUGGCCACAGUUCACGAGGCUCGAGGCGUUUUUGGCGGUGACUUCUCCUUGUUCAGCAAAGAGACUAGCGACCCGUCGGUUCAGAUUCAGCUCGGUGGCACCACGUUUACCACCUCGUAUCACACAAACACCAGCAAUCCAAAGUGGGAUCCUCCAGAAAGCGGAUUUUUGCCAUUGUUUCACCACAACCAACAACUUCACAUCGACGUGUCAGAUGUAGAUCUCGGGGAUCGCAGAGACCUGUUGGGGCAGUUCUCCGGCACUGUCCAGACAAUCCAUGAGAUGGUGGAAGGCAAGGACUGGCUGGGAAUGGUGCUCACACCAGAUGCGGCGAAGGCCAUGCCGGACCCGAGCAAGAAGAUGGAAGUGCUGCUCUCCACAGACUCCUGGCCGCACCACCAGCAAACCCUCCAGCCCUUCGCGUUUCAACGCGGCGUGCGAAUCCGCAGUGUGCUUGUUCCAGAGUUCCUUGAGGUGGCCAAGCUCACCUCAGACGUGGGGAUCGUCGAUGCAAUUCCUGCAGGGCCAGAGCAUGAGAAAGGUGGACCACGGAGGUUGUCGGUGGACUACACCAGGUUGUUGCGCCUUGUUUCCGUGAAGCUCAUGGGGCUGGAGGCACCAGACGAGUUUGUGGAGGAAGUCAUGUACACCACCGCGUCCGUGACCAUAGAUGCUGGAAAGCCGCCCAAAAACUUCUUUAACAAGGCCCGAUCUGCGCCCAGAGAAGGUGGACUUUGGAAAAAGGGCCUGGAGACAUUGAACCUGUGGUCCAGUCCAUCGGGUGGCACGCUGAAGCAUCCGCCCAUGAAGACAAAGAAGGCCCGAGCCUGGGGCGCCUCCCAGACCAAUCCGAAAGGCAGCUUCCUCCACAAUGUCAGCACACACUCUCAGCUGAUGAUCGAGCGCUUGGCCGUUGAGAAGAAGAUGCCUUACGAUGAGAUCGCCAAGAUCGCAGGUCUCCCGGAGGGUCAGGUCAAGCUGCUCGUGGAGAUGCAGAGAAGCCUGCAAGUGGUGGGAGUUUGGUAUCAGGCUUUCCACAGGCUGCUCGAGUAUCCAGGCGGUACCGUCAGCGUCGAGGUCUCCAAAGAGGAUAAAACUUCCCUCGGCAAGGUGAGCGUUGACUUGCAGGAGGUCGAAAACCAAGACGACAACAUCCUUCAGGUUCGCCUACCUCUCGAGGGACCGGGGACCCGAGGGAGGGACGUGGUCCUGGUCUUCGAGAUCGAGCUGCAGGGGCUGCGACGAUCGAAGCUGGAACGCCGCAAAGGGCAUGCAAACUUCGAUCGCAACCAGCAGUCUCAAAGCCCGGGUCGUGGACGAAGAACUGUUACGGCAAAGAAAAUGAGGUCGAAUCAACCCAUGGAUCGCAACUUGGACAGCCACGGCGUUCGCUCGACAUAA